UUUCCUCUCAAGAAAUUUCGAAGUACAAAAGGCAAAAAAUGCCACACUUAAUUUCUUGAGAUUUUUUUGAAAAAAAAUUUCCAUUUCCUCUCUCUCUCUCUAGCAGAGGUGUCCUCUCCUUCUGCUCUAUAAUGGUACAGCGACGACCCCUACAACCGCAUCGUCUUUCUCCUAGUCAACUAAUUUCACCGCUUGCUGUUGUACAUUCAAAAUCCUUCGUUUGUCCUCGUUGUUUUGAUGUAAAUAUCCUUUAGCUCCCUCUGAAAUCUCUAUCAGACUUCUGCGCGUUUUAGCUCUGCCGGAGACGUUUCACGGAGGAGUUUUUAGACUCGGAAAUUAUUUUAAAGUGUUUGAGCUUCUAGCUGUCUACUUGGUGAAUCUAUGUUUUAAAUAGAGAUUUUUUAAUUUAUAUUACUAAAAACCUGAGCUCUAUAUAAGAGUUGGGAUCCCUAAAUUUGUCGAAAUUUAAUUUGGCAUUUCUCUGUACUUUGGAAGUUUUGGAGAUUCAGAAUUUCGGUGCGAGGCAAAAUCUGCUUCAUCCUAUGAAUGCCGCAGAAAUAGAUGCUUUUAUUUUCCAUUUACUAAAUUGUGUGGCGUUGACAGCAGUCAGCAAGUAUCUGAGCUGAAGAGAUGCCAUCAGGUUGCAUUCAGCUGGAAUGAAGACCUUACAGAGCACCCAAGAAAUACAGUCCUCAACACAAGUUUCACAGGACUCCCAAAGUGACCAACAGACGAAUCACACAGCAGAGGUUCCUGCAGCAGAUUCUGGUUCAGUAUCUGCUUCAAGCAAUGAUAGCCGAAAGGUUUCACGCCAAGAUAUUGAACUUGUCCAGAACCUUAUAGAACGGUGCUUGCAAUUAUACAUGAACAGAGAUGAGGUGGUCAAAACUCUGUUGACACGUGCAAGAAUAGACCCUGGAUUUACAACACUGGUAUGGCAGAAAUUGGAAGAAGAAAAUGCUGAUUUCUUCAGAGCCUAUUACAUAAGGCUGAAACUGAAGAAACAGAUUCUCUUAUUCAAUCAUUUGCUUGAACAUCAAUAUCAUCUCAUGAAGUAUCCUGUACCUGCAAAGGUUCCUUUGGGCCCUAUACAAAAUGGGAUUCAUCCCAUGCCCGUUAACAAUUUACCGAUGGGCUACCCUGUCCUACAACAACCUCCAAUGCCUGCUCCAGGUCAGCCCCAUCUCGACUCCAUGGGCUGUGGAAUAUCAAGCUGCCAUGUUGUUAAUGGAGUUCCUUCACCAGGAAAUUUUCAUCCCAUUCGGAUGAAUUCUGGGAACAAUAUGGUGAUGGAGAAUAAUACAGCUGAUAUGGCUCCUGUAGUUCCGCUAAGCAGUGCCAUGUCAUCCAUGUCUGAGAUGCCUAUGAGUCCUACAUCAGUUGCAUCCAGUGGUCAUUUUCCCUUCACUGCAUCAGAAAUAUCAGGAAUGGGAGUUGACACAUCAGCACUUGAUACAGCAUUUACAUCUGAUGUGGCAAGCUCAGUAGGAUUGCAGCUUGGACCAGAUGGUGGGGCCGGCACAUCUAGAUCACUAGAUCAGAUUCAGUGGAAUUUCAGCCUCUCUGACCUAACAGCAGAUUUAUCGAACUUGGGAGAUUUAGGAGCCCUAGGAAACUAUCCUGGUUCUCCAUUUCUGCCCUCUGAUUCAGAAAUUUUGCUUGAUUCUCCAGAGCAUGAGGACUUAGUGGAGGAAUAUUUUGUUGAUUCUGUCCCUGGGCCACCGUGCUCCCAUUCAGAUGAAGAGAAAUCCUAGGCUAAGGUGAAGUCAGAUGGUUCUGCUCUUGGAAAUUGUUAGGAUAGGAUGAGAUAGAUGAAUAAAAUUAAACAUUUAUCAUCUGUUCCCUAGGGACUUGGAUAUUGUAGAAUUGAAUGUUUAUGUUGUGGUGACUUAUUUUUGAUUGCCUUUCACAUGGCCUUAGGAAGUAGUCUUGUUUUUAGUUGUAAUUUUUAACCUAUCAAUAAACUAGUAAAAGUGCAAGUUUAUAUUCUUUUUCCCUUUCAUGUUUGUCGAAAUAACACUUCAUAAUUGAAUGAAGAACUUGAGUUGAGAUAUGUAAUUCUGGGUUUGGACUGUAA